ACAAAUUUCUGGCAUUGAUUAUCGCCUAUGUUUGCGGUUGUUAUUUGCUAAACACCAAAUUUGUUUUAUCAGAAGAUUUCAUUUUGCAGAGUCCAUGGUUGCUUACACAUAUUGGAUCUUGGACUGACCUUUGUCAUCCUUGCUGGACUCUUCUCCAUUAUUGCUUUCACUUCUCUCUCUCGUUUCUUUCUUUUUUAUUUUUUUAAUCUUUUUAUGUGAAUCAGAGAAUCUUCUUCAUGAGUCUGUGAUUUCUUCAUUAAAAAUAUAUGAAAAAAAGUUGAUGUUUUUCCCUUUCUUGAUCUGAAACUAAAUACAAUUUAUUGUUUUUUAAACUUGUUUUAAUUGGUGAUGGCUGGUGGUGAUAGCGAGUGACAUAACUGUAAAACCCGGGGUGGCGCCGUGCAAGCCAUAGAGUGAAGCAGAAGGGGCAAAUGUCUUAGUUGCAAAGGCUCACUUCUGUUCUCUUUGGCCUUUUCUUCUCUCAAUUUUUCUCUCCACCCAAAGAAAAAUCCUUUUUUUAAUUUCUCUCAGCUAAGCUUAUUAAAGACUUUGCAUUUCGUUUUCCUGCUUAUUAUUACCCCACUACUAUCAUUUUGACGCCAAGUGAUUGCAAUUUGCUGAGCAAAUGAUGGCCCUCUCUUCAUCUGAUGACACCUGAGAGGACCCAUCACACGGUUCUGCUUAUUUUGCUUCCUCAUAUGGUUAAUUAAUAGUCACUUGCUUUGUUUUUAUUGUUGGCUUUGGACAUCUGGUUUUGCCUUGUUUUGUUCGUAUGACAUAUAGUCUGUUUUGUUCGAUGCACGCAUAGGUUUGUUUGUUUGAUUUUAUUGAUCACCUGAUCUGUUUUCUCUGCCCAAUAGUUAAAAGGGAUUAAACUACUGCAAAAUUUUCUUUGUUGAACUAGGUCAGUAACUAAGAGUUUGAUUAUUCGGUUUGUGAUCUGUGAUUCUUUCUUUCUUUCAGGGUAUUUAGUUAGUGGUUAUUAGUGCUGAGAGGGUUGAAAUCUUGGUUCUGGAAAAGAUGAGCGGAGCUGUGCUUGUGGCUGUAGCUGCUGCGGUUGGUAACUUACUGCAGGGAUGGGAUAAUGCAACCAUCGCAGGGGCUGUUUUAUACAUAAAAAGGGAAUUUAAGUUGGAAAGUGAACCAACUAUAGAAGGGCUAAUUGUGGCUAUGUCUCUUAUUGGAGCCACUGUGAUAACUACGUGUUCUGGAGCCAUAUCAGACUGGCUAGGGCGCCGUCCUAUGUUGAUAAUCUCUUCUAUACUCUAUUGCGUGAGUGGUGUUGUGAUGUUUUGGUCUCCCAAUGUUUAUGUUCUACUCUUGGCAAGGCUUUUGGAUGGAUUUGGUAUUGGUUUGGCAGUAACUCUUGUUCCAGUUUAUAUAUCUGAGACUGCACCACCUGAAAUCAGGGGAUUGUUGAAUACUCUUCCUCAGUUCACUGGAUCUGGUGGCAUGUUUAUGUCAUACUGUAUGGUGUUUGGAAUGUCCUUGACGAAGGCACCGAAUUGGAGAUUGAUGCUUGGGGUUCUUUCUAUUCCCUCUCUUGUUUAUUUUGCUUUGACUGUACUUUACUUGCCCGAGUCUCCAAGGUGGCUUGUGAGUAAAGGAAGGAUGCUUGAGGCUAAGAAGGUUUUGCAGAGGCUUCGUGGCAGGGAAGAUGUAUCUGGUGAGAUGGCUUUAUUGGUUGAAGGACUUGGCAUUGGGGGUGAAACAUCAAUAGAAGAGUACAUAAUUGGCCCAGCCAAUGAUGUCACUGAUGACCAAGACAUAUCUGUGGACAAAGAUCAUAUCAAGUUAUAUGGGCCUGAACAAGGUCUCAGCUGGGUUGCCAAACCCGUCACUGGGCGGAGCACUAUCAGUCUUGUGUCUCGGCGUGGAAGCAUGAAAAACCAGAGUGUGCCUCUCAUGGAUCCUCUUGUCACCCUUUUUGGUAGUAUACAUGAAAAGCUCCCUGAUACAGGAAGCAUGAGAAGUAUGCUUUUUCCACGCUUUGGCAGCAUGUUCAGUGUGGGAGGGAAUCAAGCUAGAAAUGAAGAGUGGGAUGAGGAAAGCCAAACCAGAGAGGGUGAGGAUUAUCCAUCUGAUGCUGCUGGUGGUGAUUCUGAUGAUAAUUUGCAGAGUCCAUUAAUCUCACGUCAGACUACAAGCAUGGACAAAGACUUGGUGCCACCUGCCCAUGGAAGCCUUUCAAGCAUGAGGCAUGGCAGUUUGAUGCAAGGAAAUGCUGGAGAGCCAGUUGGCACUGGGAUUGGUGGUGGUUGGCAAUUAGCAUGGAAAUGGUCUGAGAGAGAAGGCCAAGAUGGAAAAAAAGAAGGAGGUUUUAAAAGAAUUUAUUUGCAUCAAGAGGGCGUCCCUGGUUCUCGGCGUGGAUCUCUGGUUUCUAUGCAUGGUGGUGAUGCCCCUGCAGAGCCUGAAUUCAUCCAGGCUGCUGCAUUGGUUAGCCAACCAGCUCUUUACUCCAAGGAGCUUGCAAAUCAUCAUCCAAUUGGACCAGCUAUGGUUCACCCUUCUGAAACUAUUGCUAAAGGGCCUAGUUGGGCGGACCUCUUUGAGCCUGGAGUCAAGCAUGCAUUGGCUGUUGGGGUUGGAAUUCAAAUACUUCAGCAGUUCUCUGGCAUAAAUGGGGUUCUGUACUACACUCCCCAAAUUCUUGAGCAGGCAGGUGUGGGUGUUCUUCUUUCAAACAUGGGAAUUAGUUCAGCUUCUGCAUCUCUGCUUAUUAGCGCAAUUACAACAUUGUUAAUGCUUCCUUGUAUAGCUGUAGCCAUGAGGCUCAUGGAUAUCUCUGGAAGAAGGACUUUGUUACUUAGCACAAUUCCUGUCUUGAUAGUCUCUCUCCUUGUCCUAGUCAUUGGAAGCGCAGUGAAUCUAGGCAGUGUUGUAAAUGCAUCUAUCUCCACUGCUAGUGUUAUAAUCUACUUUUGUUGCUUUGUCAUGGGAUUUGGGCCGAUUCCUAACAUACUCUGUGCAGAAAUCUUCCCCACUCGUGUUCGUGGCCUCUGCAUUGCUAUAUGUGCACUCGCAUUUUGGAUUGGUGACAUUAUUGUUACCUACACACUUCCAGUUAUGCUCAAAUCUAUUGGUCUUGCUGGUGUUUUUGGGUUGUAUGCAGUCGUGUGCAUCAUAUCAUUAGUAUUUGUGUUCUUGAAAGUUCCAGAAACCAAGGGCAUGCCCCUUGAAGUAAUAACUGAGUUCUUCUCUGUUGGUGCGAAGCAGGCUGCAGCUGCCAAGAACAACUGACGGUUGUCAGCUUCCAGUGAGAAGUUUUGACUUGUUUCAUUUGUAAUUUCUUUUAGGUGUGGGUAUCCAGACUCUAUAUUUUUGUAGAAAGAAAGUUUGUUUAUAUUUUGCCAUUGUUGGUUUUGCUUUUGUAUGACUGGAGUUUUAUUUCUAACUCAAAGUUGAAAGAUCUGAGGUUGACAUUGAUGCAUACAAGGAUUUAUGAACAUAACUGUUUAGUCUA